CGUCGUCUUCCCGUCUUCGUCUUCUCUACACUGUCUUUCCCACUACCUGUCGCUCGCUGAUACCACUUCUCCUAAUACAAGGGACGAUUUCUACAAGUUCUUUCUAGUCCACCACUCGUUAUAUCUAUACAUCUAAUUUCUCUUGAAUUCCUUUUUUUAUUUUUGUUUUAUUUUAGUAAUUUACCUCCUUAAUCAGUCCAUAAAGAUGAAGUUCAUCCUUCCUAUCACUCUCCUUGCCGGCGCCGCCGCCGUCUCUGCCCAGUCCAGCGCCCCCCAGUGCGACGCCUUGUAUAUUGUCGAGACCUGUCUGGAGGGCCAGAACCAGAUCUUCAAUGCCUGCGCGCACGACGACUGGGACUGCAAGUGCCACGGCGCCGAAGCCAUCGCGACAUGCUACAACAACUGCCCCAGCGACCCCCGCGCCAAUGCCGCCAGGGGCCAGGUGACCAUCCACUGCCAGAACGCCUCCAUCCACGGCACCGCCGCCCGCCACGCCGCCACGGCCACGGCCGCCCCCACCGAGGCCAGCGAGUCGGCUGAUGCUGCUACUGCUGCUACCCCGACCCCGACUGCCGCGUCCAACAACAACAACAACAACAACAACAACGCGGAGGAGGGAGACGACAGCGAGGCCUCCGCGAGCCGGGCCAGUGCCAGUGCUUCUGCGAGCGCUGCCGCCGAUGAGGACCCCGAUUCUGGUGUCGCCCGGCUCGCUCGCAAUACCGGGGGCCUGCUCCUCGCCGUUGCUGGCGUU